AUGCGGCCAACAAUCGAGCAAGCCAUCUCCUUGCCACAAGCUGAUCUUGAAGCAUUGGGUAAAGCUGAUAAAGAGUGGACUUUUGUUCACGCCUGCGCAGCAAUCUCACGAGAUCCAAAGCUUCUCCGCGACGAACUCAUGACAGUCCUGAUUGCCGGACGAGACACUAUUUCUACGACGAUGACCUUUCUGUUCUACGAGCUGGCAAGAAAUCCGGGAGUGCUGGUUGAUCUACGCCGCGAGAUUGAAGAAACCGUAAGGAUCCAUGCUUCUGCUGGGAAGCCUACGUACAAGGACUUGAAGCAAAUGAGGUUCCUAUCCAACACACUCAAUGAAACCCUUCGCCUCUACCCUAAUGCUCCAUUCAAUAUUCGCACCGCUCUUAAGGACACGAGCUUGCCACGCGGCGGUGGAACAGAUGGAACUGGUCAGAUCGGUCUCAGAGAAGGAACACAAGUCAUUUACUCAACUCAUCUGCUUCCGCUUUUCGAGAGUGGAGCUGCGGAUGGAGAAGCCAACCUUCCAAUCUACUAA